CAGUGGUUCACCCCGUCACGGGUAGUUUGCGUGUCAUCCAUCCACCAACUUUUCGGAUAACCUUUCUAGCGAGUCGAGUUGCCACCAAUCCCUCCUCAAUUUAUCACCACCUCCAGUGUGUAUUUACGCCGUCAGCGGACGCUCCGCGGAUGUGUCGCAGUGUGUGUUUGGACUUCCAAACAUCUCCUCGUUGUAGGUGUCGUGGACUCGUGGUGUCACCUCACUCUAAAGUCUAGCGCUCCACGUGAUCCCUUUCCCAGUUUUCUGUGCUGCACCAGUAGAUCUACUACCGGACUUCUUUACGAAACGUCAAAAGAUUGCAGAUACUCCGUUCGGCGUUCCUAGAGUAAGACCAUCACAGAUUCUGUGAACCUGAGUUUCAUUCCAAUAGCCAGGACUAGAGUCUCAGCCAGGCAAGUUCCUCGCCUUCAAUGCGAUAGCGCGGUGCGAAGCGUGAGUCCUGUAAUGCCGUUGGCGUGCAAGUUUUGGCUUGUCGACGCGCAUGGCUUUGUGACAUUUUUAUGAUAGCUGUUGUAGAAGAUGCAGCUCAUUGUGCUAAGCAGAACCAAGCUGGAGGGAAGCGGGAUUUCCGCCUGUCGGAAACUUACCGCUCUCCUGCUGGCAUUAGUGUUCUUCUUGGACGGCAGCAGUUUCUUGUUCCAGCAUGAAUGCGUUGUCCGAGCACAGCGCCUGAGUACAGUUGAGCCUGACGAGGCGUCGACGACAAGUCCACAGGACGUUGGACAACCUCCACUUAUACCUGUUGCUAUUCCUCCCGAAGAUGUCAGUCCAGCACCGCAAGAAGGUCCAGUGUACUGCACUGGUGGCUCUGUACGCAACCGGACCUAUCUAGGGUUGCUGCGGCACUGCACAGUCAUUGUGGGGCGGUUGGACAUUCUAGGGGUAUCCCUGACCUGCUGUGACUUUGUCGUGGCAGAAGGAGAUCAGAAUGGCUGCGCCGAGCUACAGGACUGCACCGAUAUGAAGGGUGCCCUGUUUCCACUGUUGACCGAUAUCACCGGCUUUGUUCGCCUCAGCGAUGUCUCAUUCCCCACGGGCAAGGACACUCUUGCGCAGAUCUUCCCAGCCCUGGUGGCUAUACAUGGUUUCAUGGGCAUCAAUCGUGUCCAGACUGCUACAUCAGCAACCGUCACAACAGCAUUCCUCAUUGAAUUAACCAAUCUUCGAUACGACACGCCAGUGAGCAGAACGCCUAUCUGUGUCAAGAAUGCACGUGCUGUUGGUGGACGCGUGGAUGAUGGAUUCAAUCAGGUAGCUGAUAAUCGUGAAGACGGUGGUGGCCUAGCCCCCAUUGUAGCAGAGGAUCCUGUAGUUUUGCUGAACAACGUUUUCCUCUGCAACCCAGUGCGAACCGCCAGUUCCUCCCAGCCUAGUCCCCUUCAGCAAAAUGUGCCCAGUUUCCUUCAGCAAGAUGUCCGGCAGCUAGCCAUUCUUGGAAGGGACACCUGCGUGGGUGUAUCUGGAUCUGUGUUCUCUGUCUUCUCCAAUGAAAGUCAUGUGCAGUUCCUGGGUGAUCUACACUUGGCGAGUUGCCCGAUUCUUGUCCAAUACAGUGGCUCUGAAGGUGCGCGGAUGAGCCACUCUUCAGCACAACAAUCAGAUAGUAUCCUCCAGCUGUGCGAGUAUGACUGCAACCUGCUUAGUCCAGUGGCGCCCUGGUUCCUAAAUCUAGACAUUCCGUGCGUCCGAGCUUGCCUCGGAGGGAACAUUGUCCAUACAUUUCAGCUCUCUGUCUAUUUCGGCUGCACCAGGAUUGUCGGUGAUCUUCUACUAGCUUUUAGCCGGCCACCCAGUGAGAGGGAUCUCACGACUCUGUUGGCCAGCUCCCAAUUCCCUGGUUUAACAACUAGCAGUACUCUAACAGAAAUUGUGGAGAUCAUGCUUGGUAAUGUCAAGGAAAUCAGUGGGUCGUUGAGCAUCCUUGGUUCGGACUGCAUAACAACUCUCAACGUGUUUAGAUCUCUCCGGGUUGUGCAGGGCCUUGUGGAGAUCAGCGAAAACCGCUUUCUCUCUGACCUUGGGAGAUUCACCAGCCAAGUCCAAUUCAAGUCCAGUGUCACAUUUCGCCGUAAUGCCAACCUGUGUCCAGUGGAGAUUGCCGCCAUGCGUCAGGCUACAGGACUCGGUGCGAGGCUAGUCGAAGAAGACAAUGGAUUCUCGGGAUACUGUUGUGAUUGCAUAUCCGAUUUCAAGCUGAACAUUGAGAGCACGGAACUGGAUGCGGAUGGUUUUCUCACUGUCACGCCAAAUAUCACAUUCACGGAUAUCAUAGAAUCCUGCUAUGAUGAGCUGCCUACAAUCUAUCCUCAACCGCCAUCCUUCAACCGCAGCCUGGUGCCCUCUGUGCAAUUGUGGAAUCACGCCUUAGACAAUAUCACAUCUUGCCACAUGAACUCGACGGAGGUUCAGGAAGCAUUGGAUGAUUUGUUCCAAGUUCCCAAUGGCUGCUCUGAUCGGCUUGACGGGUGGUUGGCCACUGCGUCAAUAGGCCCCAUGGGCCCCAUUGGCCUGGAGGAGAGAUCGUUGUUAAACCGCCGCUCGGCAUUGUACUUGCUUGAGUCGUGCACGUGUUACGUGACACAGCUGCUGGUAACAUGGAUUACAGAGGAUGGGCGUGUGUAUGGAUUGGCCAGAUCCAACCUGCAAGUGCAGCAGAUGCCACCGUUUGGAAUCCUCCCAGCAUUGGACCGGGCUGCAGUGGUUGGUUAUGGUGCCACAUGGCUGGAUAUCAACGUCGUCCUACCUCGGCUGCUGGACUGCCUAGCGUCGUCAGUGAUUCCUUUCCCGUUCAGCGUGCAGGUACGCUACAGGCGUAUUGUGCACACUCGCCCCGACCUCUACGCUGGCAACCGUGUUUGCUAUGCAAAUGUUCCCAAUCACAUUAACUUCUACUGGAACCUUCCUGACUCUUCGCUACUUGGAUCAUGCACUCCGUGGCCACGAGCUCCGCUUGAGGAGGAGUAUUCAGAGUCCCUUUCAAAUAUCACCGUUCGUGAUUUCGACUUUGAUACUGGCUUCUUCGACAACACCUUCUCACUAAGAGAUUUGGUACCGUCAUCCCAGUACUUCAUCGAGGCACGCUAUAACUUGCACAGGUCUCUGUACAGUCAAUGGUCAGCUCUGGACAUGCAGGCAUCCUGGACCAGAGACAGUCCGCAUGUGGCAGGUAUCACACUAUCCCCACCACAGCUCUAUCUACCCAACGCCAGUGCAGGUGAAUCCCCUUUUGCUGGCAUACGGUGGAGUGCGGCGAAUGAUUCCUCCGUGCACAUGUACCAGAUUGUGGUCGAUCCUGAAUGCGAAUCCACCAUCAACCUAGGCACUGCGUUUCAAAUACAAGAAUUGGCAACAGUUGGCAUUACAUUGUCAGACCUGGAUUUGGAUGAGUUAUAUGGCACAGAGUUUGCCCAGCAGAUGGCAGCAGCUGGCUGUAGUUCUUGUGACAGCGGACCACAAGGUUCAACAUUCCGGCGUUUCACCUGCUAUUCGGCCUGCAAGUCCGGCACGGAGUGCUUCCUUAAGAAUGUCCCGUCACUCAUCUGCAUGUGUAUUAACUUUCGUUGUCGCAUAUCUGUGGCCGCGUGCACCCUAGGUGGCAGUUGCAGUACUCCUUCGGAAGCUGUUCAUCUCUUCAACUACACAUCUCCCUGCUACAACAUCAGCCUUAGUGCAGCUGCUCCGUCUUGCAUUAUUACUAAUCAGACGAUUCCCGGCGAGUGUUUCUAUGUCGAUGAGCUAUGUGUUGGUCAGGCAGGAGGGUUUCCAGGAGCGAGCGAUGCCCCACAGUCCCCCGAAGCAAAGCAUGAAGGAUUGGGCUCAGAUGCCCUUGUUCCGCUCAUUGUGGCACCAAUUGUUUUGUUUUCCUUGAUUGCUGUCGCCGUAUUGUGGAUCUUGAAUACCCGUAACAGGCGCAAUCUCCAGAACAAGAUCAACAAACUGGAAAUCGAGUUUGGCGCUGAUCAUGAUGUCAUAGAUUAUCAGCCGGAUGAAUGGGAGAUUGAGGCCAGGCAUGUAGAAAUGUACGACGAAUUGGGCGAAGGAGCAUUCGGACAAGUCUUUAAGGGCAUUCUCUACACCAAAGAUGAAAACGGAGAAGACACGGUUGUUGAUGUGGCUGUGAAGACUGCCAAGAUUGAGGAAGAGCCCAUGGUGAAGUCACUGUUCUUGCAGGAAGCAUCCAUAAUGAAGAAAUUUUCCUCACCGUUCAUAGUGCAGCUGAUAGGUAUCGUGUCACAAGUGGAGGACACCAGCCCUAUGGUAUUGAUGGAGUACAUGGCUAACCGUGAUCUCAAACACUACCUAAAGUCAGCACGGCCAGCAAGGCCAUCGCCAUCGCAUCCCUCGCGCAUGUCUGGAGGCUCCAUCGGUCUGCUGGACGUGCACCGAGAAUCUGUCGACCUGCGCACCCCCAGCCCGCAGUCAACUGCCACUAACCCCAUGCCGGACGAAGCACUGUUCAUGCAGUGGGCCACACAACUGGCAUGUGGCCUCCAGCAUCUUGUGGAGAAGAGAUUUGUGCACAGGGAUCUCUCAGCCCGCAACUGCAUGCUCAAUGCUGAUCUCAAUCUCAAGAUAUCAGAUUUUGGCUUGACGCGGGAUAUCUAUCAGAGUGAUUACUAUAGGAAGAGAGACAGAGGUGUCCUGCCAGUUCGAUGGCUUCCGCAUGAGGCGCUUGAUGACGGAGUGUUCUGUAAUGCCACUGAUAUCUGGUCCUAUGGAGUGGUACUGUGGGAGAUGGCCACACUGGGCAGAAUGCCGUACCGGGGCAUGUCCAACAACGAUGUUGUACAGCACGUGAUCGAUGGUGGAUUCCCACGACUACCUGUGCGAUUGGUAGCACCCUUUCCUGACCUGCUGAAGGGAAUUAUGCUGCAGUGCUUCACAUUUGCGAAUACCUUCCGUCCGACUGCCGAAAUCCUCCUAUCCUACCUGGAGCUUCCGGAGCGACCCGACUGGAUGAACUACGAGGAGUUAAUGGAGCCACCACGCAGCCGUUCAACAGCCGACGGCAUCGAAGAGGAAAUGGAUGUGUUCAGCGCCGCCAGCACGGACUGGUCUGGUGAUAACCGCGCUAACACUGGCAAGGGAUCUUGCAGAUCUACUAUUACUGCCAUGACCACUGCUGAGGACAGAGAUGUACAUGCUUAUGCCAACCAUAGCGCUGCAGGAGCACAACUUCAACCUGAGCUAGCUUCGCAACCCCACUCCAGCCGUCAAACUCCGAGCAACUUGUCUCCAGCGGUGUCACGAGCACUUUCUCCGGCAAGGGCCAGUCCAAGAGGCAGUCCAAAAGGCAGUCCGAAGGCAUAUCCCGUGCCCAUUGAAAUUCCAACCAUCACAGGGCCUAUCUGUGCACGCAUACUUCCUCCCAUGGAGACCUUUCAGGGUGACGUCGACGAACUGCUGGAGUUGCAGCAGAAAAUGGACAGAGCACAGAGUAUUGACUGGGUUGAGAGCAGCACAAGUGACGAGACUGUCGCAGUGGAACACCAGAACAAUGAUGAAACUGCUGCAAACUGCCCAGCAGUCGGUGCAAGCACUGCGGCGUCGGCACUGUCUGAGCAUGACAGCACCACUGACGGGAAUGCGUCAAGCUUGAACUCUGAUAGCGGUGUGUCCAUGGGUAAAAAUCAGGAGCAGCUCACAUCAUCUUCUGCAUCGGAUGAGUACAAACAGGAAGAUGGAGAAGUUCAGGAAGAUGGAGAAGGUGCAGAGUAUGAUGAAGAAGGUGCAGAGUAUGAUGAAAGCGGUUGCUACCCUGGCGCCACCUGGACAUUACCGGCCAUAUCCUUGCAGGCACCUGUGUAUCCUCCGGGUGGUGAAGGGAAUUCGUACUCCACGGCCACUCUAUGAUACCCAUCAACUCUGAAGCUGGUCUCUGAGACGCUGCCAGUGCCACUUGGGAGCACUUCUGGAUAUUUUGGUAUUGCGGUCUAUGAGACUGGCAUUCUGUGCCGUAAGCAAGCAACCCGAAUUUGACCACUGUACAUGAUGUCAACAUGAUAACUGAUCAUUAACUUAAUCCUGGAACUAACCAAAGCCACUCAACAACCAGUGCGGUAUAAUUGUUUUGACCAAGCUUUUGUUAUCUACUUGUUCAUAGUCCCCACUUGAAACACGUAUUACUCUUGUUCUAGCUAACACAAUUUGCUAAAUCUUGAACACGUAUUACUCCUGUUCUAGCUAACACAAUUUGCUAAAUCUUGAACAAAACAAUUUGGCUCCAUUAG